AUCCUAUUUGAAGGUAUUUGUCGAGUAUAUCGUUCAUCGAUCAAUACGACAUCACACAGAGAUAAAGACAACCGCCACGCUAGUACUUUCCGGUUUUGUGCAUUAUUAUUAAAACCGUGGAUUAAAAACAAUAAACAAUACCAAGAAACUAAAAUAAACAUUUACGCACAUGCAACAUUAAGCUUGUGAUACGUUGCAAUUAUCUUCCUCCCCCCUUUUAUAUAUAAACAAGAGAUAAAUAGACAUCUGAGAUCUCACUUUUGCACAUACUGAGAAAGAAAUGACAAAUCAGUUCACUCCCGAUGAGAAGCGGGCCUACCAUAACGCAUUCACAAAAUGGGUGUGUAUCGUGUUCAGUUGGUUCGGCUCGUUUAUGUUCGUGAGCGUGUUGACCAACGGUGCGGUAUUCUACCAUUGGUACCAUAAAAUAACGGGCAAGGAACGGUUUAACGAACCCAUAGAUAUCGACUCGGCCAAUGGGUACAAACCACGACCAGCUUAUGAAGAUACCAGUUCCAUGAAACCAACCACGGACUUGCGGUACUAUGUCCUUGCCAUGAAGUUGGACUUAGAAGAGUACAAGAUAACUACUCCUGACGGAUACAUCCUUACCUUGCACCGAUUAAUUGACCCACAAGAGAGUGUUGUUCAACGGAACGCCCGGAAACCGUUUCUCUUACAGCACGGAUUACUUUCCUGUUCAGGAUCAUACAUCACCAGCGGCCGUAACUCAUUAGCGUACUAUUUAGUGGAACAAGGGUACGAUGUCUGGUUGGGAAACAACCGAUCGUGGUUUGAAGCCGUGCACACGUUCUACGAGGGGAACUUGUACAAUAAUGAACAGUACUGGGAUUGGGGAAUGACCGACUUGGCAUAUUACGACUUACCCACCAUCAUUGAGAACGUGUUGUUGCAUAAACCGAACCAUGACAAGUUGGCAUUGGCAGGGCACCUGCAAGGUGGGUUGCAAUCGUUUAUCAUGUUUAGAAAUGAGGAGUUGCUGCAUGUCCAUGCCAAGAUUGAAUGUUUCUUUGCAUUAGCACCAGCUGUGUACCCCGGUGUACAAUUCCACAAGGGAUUUCUUAAGUUUAUUGGGAAUCGAAGUAAGUUUGGGUGGUUGAUGCUUUUUGGAACUUGUGCGUUCUUGAGGAAUUUAUGUUAUAUCAGGAUUAAAAUAGGAGAAACAUGGUUGUUUGGUAGAUUAUCUUAUUACAUGUUCAAAUACUUGUUUGGAUGGAAUGCCCGGAAUUGGGGCAAGGACAAGAAAGUAUGGCAUUUCUGCUUUCUUUUCAAUGUCACGUACGUCUCGGUCAAGUUAAUGCAAUAUUACUGUGCGAAAUUUUUCGACAAAGGAUUCGCAGCCACGUUACAACCCAAGAAAUCCUACGAAAAGGGGGAAAACCACGCUGUCAACUCACAGUACGAAAAAGACGACUCGAAAGCGUUCUUCCCUUUCAAACAGCCCUGGUUUGCUAAUAAUAGUGUCAAAGUGCCCAUGGUUAUCUUCACGGGUGAAAUUGACUUUUUGGUCGAUGGAAGAAGAUUGUUUACCCAUAUGCAGAAUUUUGAGCCCGAUUACGUGCCUGGUGAAAACAUCGACUAUGUUGAGGUUCCAAUGUAUAACCACCUCGAUGUCAUUUGGGCCGAGGAUUUGAUUGGACACAUUGGGUAUAGAAUUAUCGAGAGAUUGCAAGGUGCCAGUUUUAAACACGAAGAGAAAGAAGUCAAGAUGUACGAGUCUGUGUCUCCUGAAAGCGAAGUUGUUGAAAAGCAGGAGUUACUUGGGUUGGCCAAAGAGCGUCCUGACUUGAUCAGUGAUGAAAUGCCACUGGCCAUACCCGUAUCUGUUAGCGCAUAACACGCAAAUAAUACCCUUGUAUAUUAGUAAAUAACACAAAUAAUAUUUAAUAUAACCAAUAUCAUGC